UUUAACCUAUUUUUUAAUAAAAAGAUAACAACAACAACAAUAAUGGCUUCUACUACGACCAAAUUUGUUGUUGUUGUUAUCACCAUGUUGGUCGCAGCCGUGGCCAUUGCGGAAUCUGAGAUGCUUCAAGAUGUUUGCGUUGCUGAUUUGUCCAAUGCGGUCAAGGUCAACGGAUACACUUGCAAGGACUCAACACAAAUGACACCGGAAGACUUCUACUUCAAAGGCAUAGCCUCUGCUGCUGCCACUAACACAUCCACCGGCUCGGUCGUCACCGGAGCCAACGUAGAAAAGGUACCAGGACUCAACACCCUCGGCCUCUCCAUGUCCCGUAUCGAUUACGCCCCAAACGGCCUUAACCCACCACAUGUCCACCCACGCGCGUCCGAGAUCAUUUUCGUCCUUGAAGGUCAGCUCUACGUCGGUUUCGUGACAACCUCCGGAAAACUUAUCGCCAAAUACCUUAACAAAGGAGAGGUUUUCGUCUUCCCCAAGGGACUACUCCAUUUCCAGAAGAACAUUGCCAAAGCUCCAGCAUCGGUAAUCGCAGCAUUCGAUAGCCAAUUGCCCGGAACACAAUCACUUGUCGCCUCUCUCUUUGGAGCUCUUCCCGAAGACAUUCUCGUUAAGUCAUUCCAGCUCAAAUCCAAACAGGUUCAGAGGAUCAAAUCCAGAUACCCAUCCAAGAAAUGAUGAGUUUGUAUUGGUCUCAAUUGUAA